AUGGACAGCCUCCGGGAAGAGGACAUCCUCAAGAAGAAUUAUAAAUUUUUAUCAUCACUAGGUUGUGGUGCAUUUGGGGAGGUGAUCCUUGCCCAACACCUUCCCACAAAAACGCAGGUGGCGAUCAAGGUGCUUGAGAAAGAGUACAAUGAUGAAGAAUACAUCAGAUCUGAGGUGGCCGUCCACAAGUCCUUACAUCACAAUAACAUCAUCCAAUUGUUCCAUGCUAUCAACACGCUGCAGGCCACUUAUCUCGUCAUGGAAUACUUGGAAGGAAAAGAUCUGUUAAUGUUGAUCAGGGAGGUGGGCUGUCUACAAGAGGAGGAGGCUAGGCCUAUAUUCUACCAGUUGGCCUCUGCUGUGCACUUCCUGCACCAAAGACUGAUCGCACACCGCGACAUCAAAUUAGAGAACAUCCUGAUGGGUCCAGAUGGCAAAGUCAAACUCUGCGAUUUUGGGUUGGCCACCCAGCUCGUAGAGGGCCAGAUGCUGGAGGAGCUGUGGGGCACCUUGCCAUAUUUGGCCCCAGAGAUCUUGGCCGGAACACCGUAUGAUGCUAUGGCAGGGGAUAUGUGGAGCUUAGGGAUUGUCUUCUACGUCCUGGUCACCAGACACUUGCCCUAUGUAGAAUCGACCCCCGAAGCUAUGUACCAUCUAAUCACCACCACCCCGUGCCGCAUUCCGUACCAUCUUUCCAGGUCCUGUUACCUCAUCUUGGCCAGACUGCUCACCGGUUACAUUUGGUUCAGGCUGACGUCAUCUCGGCUUUUGGAGAGACCUUGGCUGGGCCAUAUUCAGGAACAGGUAACACCUCCUGCCAAGGACAUCCUCCCCAAGGUUGUGGAGACCAUGUGUAACAUCGGGUACACCUGCGAGCAGGUUAUUUCAUCUCUAAAAGACCCACAGUCAAACCUAACAGCAACGAUUAACAUCCUUAAAUUCAAAAUGAGUUCUGGGGAUAGCAGUCUGCAAACUGUCAUCCCUGCAGUCAGUACUAGCGUCCCUGUGGCCAUGAAGAGGAGUCACAGUGAACCGGCUCUGCUCUCUGGAUGCAGAAGCAAAGCCGGGCUCCACACCCACACCUGCCCGGAGGCGCUGCACUAUUCAGAUCAUACAGCCCCAGAAGGAGAUGCUUUGGCCACUGAAACCAUCAACCCAGCUCCAGGGGAUACCACAGUCACCAUGAUGUCACUGGAUAGCCUGGCUGAUGAAUCCUCCUCCCCUGAUCCACCUCUAUAUGGGGAAGACAUAGGGCUGGUGAACAUGGCCUUCAGCGAAGAGGAACAAUCCAUAGAGCCAGAAGUGCCCAGUGACCAGCCCCAUGUUGUACCCACAGCCUCUGGAACCAGGCCUCUCCGGGGCUGGAAGCUGAUGAGGAAGCGCAUUUCCAGCGCACUAAGAGCACUGUGCUGCUGCUGCCUGCCCACCCCACGUGGGGAAACGGAAGUGGCCUAG